AUGAAAGAAAUAAUAAAAUUAAUAUUAAUUCAAAUAUUAAUUAAUAAUAUUUUCAUUAAUGGAAUGAAUAAUGGAAUUGGUAUGAAUAAUUUAAGAUCAAUAUUACCAAAUGAACCAGUCAAUGAACCAAUUAUUAUUCCACAACAUAUAACAUAUACUACUGGGGAACCAACUGGUGUUCCUCCUUUAGAACCUAUAGUAGAUCCUACUGAAGUUCCUGCUUUAGAACCAAUUGGAGUUCCAACAGUAGACACUACUGGUACUACUAUUAGUACUAUUAAUACUGUGGGUACUACUGAAGAUCCUAGUAAAGUUCCUACUACUUCAGAACCUACCACUGAUGUUCCUACUAUGGAAGUUCCUACUAUGUCAAAUACUACUACUGUGGAUAGUAUGAAGAAAAAUCCUAUGGAAGAGACAUAUAUAGUACAUACAAUUUCUAGUGAAACGAGUGAUAAUAUUCAAAAACCAAUAGUAGAAUUAAUAGAAAAAAUACAAUUAUCUGAUGAAUUAGAUGAUAUAACAGCAGAAGAAAUAGAAAGAGAAAUGGAAAUAGAAAGAGGUGUACGAGGAGGUAACACCGUAGGAGUAGAAAAAGGAAAAGGUCCAGGAUCUGGUGUACAGGGACCAGGAGGUGUUGAAUUAGAAGAAUUAGAAAAUAUAAAAUAUGAAACAAUAUAUAUAUCAACAAAAAUAAAAGGAACAAUAGGAAUAGAAGGAACAGAAAGUGUAGAAGGAGGAGUAAUAGGAACAGUAGAAACAGAAGGUGUAGAAGGAAUAGAAGGUGUAGAAGGAACAGGUGUAGGAAUAAAUAAAAUAUUAUUAUUAAAAGAUUGUGAGGGUAAAAAUGUUAUUUUUGAAGUUACAAAUGUUCCAAAUGAAACAACUAAAGAAGAUUUAAUUUCAAUACUUUAUGGAACUGUAACUUAUAAUUUUCCAAAUUCAAAUCUUAAACGAACAUAUCCAGCAGUUUUAUUACACGAUGAAAGUACUGGAGAAAUUGUUAUUACUACAAAUCAACCUACUACCUGUAGUACUGAAGGACCUACUACUGAUACUGAAGAACCUACUAGAGAAGAUACUACUGUUGAAGAACAUGGUACCCGUACUGGGACUACUGAAGAACCUAAUACUGAUGCUAUUACUGAAGAACCUAUUACUAGUACAACUACUACAGAUGGACCUAUUAGAGAACCACCUAUUGUUGAUACAGAAGAUUUAAUAGAUAUGGAAGAAGGUAUGAAAUGUAAUAUUUAUGAAGAAAAUAGAAUAAAAAGACCUACAGAGAUAAAUUUAACAAGAAGAAGAAAAAUUGGUAUGUAUGAAGAUGAAUUAUUAAGAGAUUUGAUAUUUGGUACAGAAGUAUCAAAUAUUAAAAAACCAGCUAUACUAUUAACUAUUUGGCCAAAUACCAGUACGGUGCUUGGUCCCACCAAUACUAAUAGUACUGAGGACAGUAGUAGUAAUGGUACCACUACCACUGGUACAACUAGUACUAGUGGUACAACUACUACUGCUGCUGGUAAUAUUGUGAAUGAAAAGUUGGUGAAAAUUUUGAAUAUGGAAUUGGUUGAUGUAAGUAAAUUGACUGGUGAAUAUUAUACCUUUAAAAUAGCUAAUGGAACUACCAACAUACCAUUCAUUGUUAAUAAACACAUUGGAGAUGAAUUGAUCUCAAAUUCAUUAACAAUACCACAUGAUACCAUUACUAGACAUUUUAAUACUAAAUCACAACAUAGACCAAUGUAUGGUCGAAGUUCAUCCAAUGGUGGAGGUAACGGUGGAGGUAACGGUGGAGGAAAUGGAGGUGGUAAUGGAGGAGAUGAUGGUGGAAGAGGUGGUACUAGAGGUAUAGGUAGUAGACAAGGCAAUAGUAGUACACCAUAUACUAGUGGACCCUGUUUUAGUGUACCAUAUACCAGUGGUACAAGUGGCUCCUGUGGUUGUCCAAGUGCAGGUCCAAGUGGAAGUCGUACCUAUAGUGGUCCAAGUGGAAGUCGUACAUAUAGUGGAACCUUUAGAACUGGUCCAUGUGGCUUUCCCUGUGGUAGUGCCCCUUGUAGUGGUUCCUAUACUGGUCCAAGUGGACCUGGCCCAAGUGGCCCAUGUAGUAGUGGUAUAAAUAUUAGGAAAAAAGAUUUGGAUGAAAUGUAUCUUAAAUGUACCGAUAGGAUAUUUUAUGCGGCAGAAGUUGGAAUUGAUGAAGUUGAUAAAGGAACACUUGAAUUCCUCAGAAAAUAUAUCAAUACUUACGAUAAAUUAAAUAAAACCAGACCUACAAUUGAAUCUAUAGUCAAUUCUACAUUAAGACAAGGAGAAAUAUUAACAAUUGAAAUUACACCAGAAUCAUCUGGAACAAGUGGAACUACAGAAACUACUAGUUUGGAUUCGAGUACUGAAACAACUAGUGAUCCUAUCAAUAAUCAGAAUAAACCUGAGGAACCAAUGACCAAACCAAAUAUACCAACAGAAACAAAGGAAAUAUCUGAAGAAACAAAGGAAGAAUCUAAAGAAGUAUCUAAUGAAACAAAAGUAUCUAAUGAAGAAAGUUCUAGUGAAUUGAGUAAAAAUAACAGUGGAACCGAAUCAACAGGUGUGAUACCAGAAUCAGUAGAUGUUAUACCAGAGUUACCAUCAGAUGUAUCACCAGAAUUACCAACAAAUGUAUCAACAUCAAGUGAAGUAGUAGGAAGUGAAUUGGAAGAAAGUAGUGAAUCAAAAGCUGAAAGUGGAUCAAGUAGAGGAGCAGGAAUAAUAGUAGGAGAAUUCAGUGAAGAAGAUAAUGAAAAUUAA